CCCCGGUUCUGAUCGAACGCCUCCCGAGGGGGGCCUACUAAUGGAUCGUCGCUGAGUUAGUUCAGCAUUAUGCCGGGCCCAACUAUGGCACCCGUGCCCUCCAUGCUGCCCGCCGCUGUUCGCUCGGCUCCCUCUUCGUUAUUACCUUGCUGACAUCUCCCGUUUCUCGCUUGUCGGUCCCGCGACUCCUACACCUGACGCCUCAAUCCUCGCUUCUGUCUGGUGCGCGCGCCGCUGUCUGCCUGUCCGUCGCUUCCCUCGUCGUCCUGGGCCCUCCCGCGUCGCAUCGCAGCAGCACUGACUUGACUGCCUUUGCCUGGUAGGCAGCUGGAGGAGGUGCCAGGUCGGCGACCGCGCUUUGCGACGCUUGAGACACGCCGCAUCCAGCACAACGCCUACACAACCCCAAGUCCACUCAUAAUGCGCCUAUAACACAACGCUACUUUCUCCUUCUCUCUCUUUGGUCGCUCUGUUUUCCUUUGCGUGUUUGGCCUGUGCCCCAGAUCCCGCUCUCGAGCGCCUUGGCCAUGGACCGCCUCGACGGCAUCCUCCUGGUCCCCCCAGACCGGAGCCAGAUCCUUGGCCGGGCGUCAUGGAAGUCUCGCUACGUCGUUGUCGGCAAACGGAACCCUAACGCCAGGGACCGCCAAGGCAGUUCAACCUACGUUCAAGGCGUUACCACAGGGAGGAUUCCGACGUCGAUGCCCAAGCCCCUCCCCAAAAUCCCGUCAUCGGACGAAUACUGUAUACUCGUCUACAAAUCCAAGGACGACUCUGAGCCAAUCCAACAAUGGCCGGCCAGCUGCGUCACCGACUGCCAAGUCCAGCACGUUACCAACCGAAAACAGAGCCCCGCUCAGCCGACUCUCGUCAUCACCAUCUCUGACAAGGAGCGCCGACGCAGAUCAAGCCGGGCAGCUGGCUUCAUAGCGAACAACAAAGAGGCAGGCACCACGACGCUCUGGUUCCGUGUCCCCUCGGAAGAUCGCCGCCCAGGCCUCCACGAUUGGGCGCGCUUCAUACAGGCCAAAAAGGAUGCUCCAGCCACUGAAAGCCCAUCGUCGCCCAUCUUCACCAGCCCCUUCUCAACCAGGUCGCACGACAACUCGGACCAUGCCUUUCGCUCGGGGAGCGAAAAUCGCGGGCUUCAGCACAAGAGCUCGACGGCAACAUACUCCACCGGCCCGCGGGACUGUCCUCCCACUUUCAGUUCCGAGUCGCCGAGCUUGCGAUCGAAGCGCAGCGAUAUAUCCUCCCCGUCUAGCAAUGCCUACGGGCCGCAGAAGAUCCCGUAUGCCAUCCCUGGGCAGCAUUACACCACCGUUCUCCCUACAGACAUUGGCCCGUCCACCCCGCAUGGUGACUACCGCGGCGAACUGAUCGAGGGCUGGACGUCAGCCCAAGGAAGGACCUCGACCAUGAGCUCCCCAACACGGACUCGAGAUAGCAUUAGUUCUCAAGUUCAUCACCCCCAGCUCUAUGAUGCUUCACUGCCACCUGCCCCGGGCGAGACCAUCCUCGAUCGGGCAUUUCAGUUGGGACACAUACCAGGCGCCGAGACGUAUAUUCCAGGGCAGGAAAAGCUCAGCUCCAUCGCCAGAUUCGACGCGCUCAUGCGCGAGAAAGAGCAGCGCCGAAAGCAGGAGGAGGCUGCUGCCAACGCAGAGCAGGCAGCGAUGCGCAGCACAUUCGAAGAAGACGACAGCGAUGCCGAGGUGGAUCCCCACGACUCGUCCGACUCGGACUCUGAGAACGAGGGGCCGUCCCAGGACAUGGAUCAUUUCAUUCAGGCACCUCUAAUGUCACCUGGCGCGCAACGCGCACUAGCGUACAUCGCCGGUCGGCAUGACCCCGUUCGCAACUCGACUUCGCACCGCCCGAGCAUGUCGCGGGCCCACGUCAGCUUCCACGCUGACUCCGUGCGGUCAUCCACGGCGACCCCAGUACCGCCCUCCCGCCCGCACACUGCGCAUGCUAAGUCGCGACCGAAUAACGGGCGCACCCAGAGCACACCCCAACUCGCCGCCCCUUCCACAGCGACACUUGACGCUCCCCCGACCGUGAGCAAAAGCAAGCCCUCGGCAACCCCCGAUCCGCACCAGCCCCCCAGCGGAGACGGUCGUCUUUCCAGCUCCAGCGCGAAAAGGUUGAGUUUCACCGAGUUCACAAAACGGCUCUCCAGCACCAGCAGCUUACUGCUCGUCCAGACGAAUGCCAGCGUAGGAAGCAGCCGCGGCAGCAGCGAGAUCGAGCCUCAGCCGCCCUCGGCGGGCCGCACGAGCUUGACGAUUCGUGGCGGCGCGUCCCUCUCCAAGCCACUACCGCCGAGGCCGGACGGCCAGGAUAGGCGAUGUGGGUGGCGAGGCAGCGUCGGUGUUGUGGCACCAGAGGGUGGGUUUUUAUGAGGUCUUGUGCGCAGCACGGAGGAAGGCUCGUUUUUUGGAGGACAGCAGUGGGGGGAAGACUUGGCCAUGCCGAUGCAUUCUAUGAUACCACACGAUUGACGAGGCGCGAUAUACAACGCUAAACAACUUGACGACAUUUUUUUCGUAUUACAUCCGCAUCGUUCAGACACCCGCAGCCACUCACGCAGGCGGCCCGGGCUCAUUUAUGACGAUUCAAAGCAGCAGGCGGGGACAAGCGACGGGGCGCCCAACGUACGGACGACGGGCACGCAGAGCUGUGGUCGACUCAGCCUUUUUAUUUAAUAUCUUUAACGAUACCUGGUCCUUCAUUUGACGCGCUUGGCGAAGCCUUCUUUUCUUGUACAUGUAUAAGCUACCCAUCUAGACGCAUGCAGCUCAACCUUCUAGAGCCCCGAAUACAGACGGUCCGGUCUGCCGGAGACUCCUUGUUAUUACUACUAGACUUGGGGAGGGGCGCAGAGGAGCGGGCCAACUGACUGACUGUCGCGCGUGUGGACGUGUCGGGCGUCUCCUUGAGAGAUGGAGUGUGUGUUGGGCAAUUAGUCGACGUCCCCAUACAUGUUAUGACGGAUGGUUGGGUGAACGGACAGAGGGAGGGACGACGCUCACGCCUUCGAUCAGUACGCAUGACGCUCGAGGGGCGUCUAUCUGCCUGCCGGGCGCGACUGAAACCAAUAUGGUAUCAACUACUAGUCACUUGCUGCGGGCAUUACCGUCAAGACUCCCACGGACGUCAACCGGGUGCAUCGCCCGGUCCCGCGAUGGCAACGGGACAACGAGGCAGGAUUUGGCUGAUCGUAAUUUGACAUUGUGUGUGGCCGAUGCGUCAACUACUAUCGUUCCCGACGCGUUGUUUCCACGUUACGUGCCCCCCCGGCCAGGAAGCUGGGCUUUUGAUAGACGUGCC